UAAGUUUAGUACUAUACUCACAACUCACUCCACUCGAGACUUGAGAGUGAUACCUUCUUUACUACUUUACCAGAAAUGCGCCACAGAUCUAGUGCUUUGCUCAAUCCAACCGUCGGUCACAACAUCUAGUGUCCUUUUUGAAGCUCUACAAAUUUAAACUACAUAAAAAUGUCAUCUUCUACAUUUUCACUUCUUCUAAUAUUUGCCAGAUUAUCAGCUGUUUUAGUUGCAGCACUUGUCUUAAUAUGGGCUCUUUUCUUCAAGUCGAGUUUCAUUCACCACUCUCCUAACAACUUCAUCUAUUCUGUGCUUCAUCCUCUACUAAUGGUGAUUGGGUUCAUAAUUUUAAGUGGAGAAGCCAUAUUGGUACAUAGAUGGAUGCCAGGGUCAAGGAAUAUGAAGAAAUUAGUGCAUUUGGGGAUGCAAGGCGUGGCCUUGGCUUGUGGAGUGUUUGGAAUUUGGACGAAAUUUCAUGGAGAAAAUGGAGUUCUUGCUAAUUUCUACAGCUUACAUUCUUGGAUGGGUGUAUUUUGUGUCUCUCUUUUUGGCAUUGAGUGGGUGAUGGGUUUCCUAAGCUUUUGGCACAGAGGAGAAGUCCGGAGAGUCAGGAUGAAAGUGCUGCCAUGGCACGUCUUCCUCGGCCUAUACACGUACGGUAUGGCGGUUGCAACAGCAGAAACAGGUCUGCUAGAGAAGCUAACAUUCAUGCAAACUAAGAGAAACCUACCAAAGCGAAGUUCAGAAUCCAUUGUUGUAAAUGGCCUUGGAUUAGGACUUGCAUUUCUUGGUGGCAUUGUCAUUUUCGCCGCUGUUUCACCUAAACAAGGCCAUUACACAACUCAUCCAACAAAGGCUAUCUAGUAUCUAUUCCAACUACAGAUAUUAGUCAACUAGGGGGUAUGGAAUUAGACUUUCUUACACUAAAAAAAAUAGGUACAAUCAAAACAUAGAUUAUAG